AUGGUACAAGCAAACCAAAAUCGUGAUGAUAAUGCUAAAAGCAAUGCUCAAUGGCGUGUAGAAGAAUUACAAAUAUUUGAUCUAACUAGCCAUUUUCGUAAUACAAUGAUUGCAUAUAAUGAAGAAACUGUUGCACAUCAUGACCGAUGUAAAAAAAUUAUUCUACGUACACUUGAAAUAUCUGGAACUCGAAAAACUAAAGAUGAAUUAGAAGUUAUACUCGACAGAGGUUGUCCUGGAACAUAUAAUUUUUCCAUAUUGGUUGAUACGCAAAAAGCUAAACGAUCAUUAGAAGCCAUAGAAACAUGUCAACAGGAUAUAAUUAAACUUGAAGAUCGCAUUAAAGAAAUAAACAAUAUGUUCCGCGAUUUAGCUAUUCUUGUUGGAAAUCAAGGUAAUAUGAUCGAUGACACCGAUCGUCAUGUAUCAAAAGCAGAUUCCUGCGUUGAACAAGCAACCAUAAAUAUGAAUAAAACUAAACUAAAGUCUAAAAAAUCUGCUAAAAACAAAGUUUAUAUUUUAAUUAUUCUAAUCAUAAGUUUUCUUCUUCUUAUACUUCUUGGUUAUUUUGUACAAAAACAAAUUAUGGGAAAAUAA